GUUUUUGGCGUUAGCAGAGUGCCAGGCCAGGACAAAGAAUGUAUUGAUAUCUAGGGAUGUUUUAGAUUCUUACUGCUAUGGGUGUAAAGUCUUGAUGCAUUUCAGUUUCUUAAAGACGUAUUUUUAGAAAGAGAGUGGAUGAACAGCGACUCAUCUACUCGGGCCAGUUACUUCUCGACAACAUUCUUCUUCGAAACAUACUGCGAUACCCUUCAGAAAACAACUCCUAUACAAUACACCUAGUGUGUUCUCCCCCUCGUAACACUGCCAACACCAGCCCACAACACACUCAGGCAACGGAGCAGAGGAGACCCCUUCCCCAGAGCACUCCAUUCUCAAGAAAUAGUGCGCAGACCCGAGCAGAGACCAGUAACAACCAAAGCAUGGCGGGGCAACAGCAGGAGGGGCCUGCGACGAACACAGAAUCGACAGAUGGUGUUCGCCGACGCAAUGUAGUGCCUGCCUCAGGAGAGAUGCCGGUGCCCACACAGCAGACUAUAGAUGCAUCUGCUUAUCCAUCCCCCACACAGAUGGUUGCUAAUGCAUUCCAGGCCAGUGGUGACCCUAUUCAGCAAAUGGCAACCAUGCAGCAAAUGUAUGCUCACUACAUGGCAUACAUGCAAUACAUGCAGAUGGGUGGAGGCAUGGCUGGUCUCGCAUGGCCUCAGCAAAUGGUUCAGCUCCCAAGUGUGCCCAACCCUCCAGCCUCCAGUACGACCUCCACAACUGUGCCCACUGUUGAUCAGGCAGAGCAGCCGCAACGCCAGCAGGAGCAGAAUGCACCAGCAGACCCUCAGCAGCAGCAGCAGCAGCAGCAGCCACAACAACAGCAACAACCUCAGCAGAUUAGAAUGAAUGCUCAAGGUGGUGAAGUAGAGGAUGAUGACGACGAUGAGGGCAUGGGCCGUGACUGGUUGGACUGGAUCUAUGUACUCUCAAGGAUGGUUGUGCUCCUCUCCAUUGUCUACUUCUAUUCUACUGUCUCUAGGUUCAUGAUUGUCGUCUGCAUCGCCAUGUUGUUAUACCUAUACCAAGCUGGCUGGUUCACACCUGCACGGCGAGUAGAACAACCCCGUGAGGCUGAUGAGAAUGAAAAUGAAAAUGACAACAUCCAGGAUGAUAGAAACAACAAUAUAAACAAUAAUAAUAACAACAAUGACGUCCCUGUGGAGGCGAGAAAUCAGGGUGAAGAAAUUCCUGGGGAGGCGAGAAAUCCUGGAGAGGAAGAGGCUGGUGCUGGUGACAACCAAGGGAACACCCAGGGGAACGAAGGGACAGACAGGGUGGUCGAGGAGAUCCCUGUUAGGCCCUCCAUCCUUGCCCUCUCGUGGACCUUCCUUACCUCACUUUUCACGUCACUCAUCCCCGAACAGCCACAAGUGAUUUAGGUGCUGCAUCCUGCUACUCUCUGCCAGUCAAAGUUGAGUGGCAUUGGCAUGAGCAAGGAUUGACUGGCUGAAGUUGCUCAUCUGUGCGGCGUAAAGAGAGGACGGAACGCCGGGAAGUGGGUGUGGAGGACAUUAACCUAAGAGUUUAUCAACGCCUUGUUUGUUCUAGUUUAUUUGUAAGUAAGCAUGGUUGCCUAUCAGUAUUUCUUGAAUAUGGUUACAAAAAGAAGAAAAAAAGGAAAAAGAAAACAAAUAUUUGAGCUGAAAACUGAAGUAAAGAUUCUCUGUGCUAAGUUAGCUGUCUUGGCAGCACAUGGGUUAAUCACUUUGAAAAAGAGGGUCUUCUUUCUCUAGAGUUGAUUCUGCACUCACAUUUGUCAAUGCUUGUAUUUGGUUGACAAAAGAAAACUAUGUAAUGGAGCACUUGGGAAGAUCACUUGUGUAUUUGCCAUGUUAUUGUCUACUAUGUAGCAUAGGGACAUAGAUUAAAAAAAAGACAAAAAAUGUUUAUAUAGAACUUAAUAUAUGUAUCAUCAGUAUGUAAAAAGGUAACUUGGUGAUGGCAUAUGUCAUUUUCUUGUCUUUUGGGAAAAAAUGUUUAUCACUAUUUUUUUCUGUAAGAGAAGAAUGCAGGGAAAAUCCUGUUUUAUCAUGUCUUAAAAGCUUUAGUUUUUACAUAUUUCAUAUUGGAUGUUGAAAGGUAACAUUUGUAAAAAACUUAUAUAAAGAUAAUUGAUCAUAGGAACUCUUUUUAAGACCAGGGAAAGUAACUACCAUUAGAAAACAUAAAACAAGUGUUGUUACCAGUGUUUUAAAGAAGGCAAAACAUUAUGUAUAUACAGACCUGAACAAUUGGGCUGGCAUUAUUUUCACUCUUGCAUCUGUUAUCAAGUUUUCACAACUGAACAAUGAAUGGCCAGUGGACCUGCAAGGGGGAAUUUAAUCCCAAGACCACAAUACUUGCUAUUUAUUCUUAUUUUUUUUUAUCAUUCACCUCGUACCAUUCAUGGAAGUCAAAAUGUACAGAGAAACAAAUCUGUCUGUUGUUGUAGGGUGUAACUGUCCUUCAGUUUGAUAUUGCUACUUUUAUGCUGUAUUCCCUUGAAGGCUUGACUGUUACAAAAUAACUUGUUAUUGUACUGUCUGUCUUUCAUGUUGAACUGAGAGGACACAGGGUUGACAUGCCAGAGUUUUAUUUUUCUUGUACUCAUUGACUGGGUAUUUUUCAACAGGGGGAAAAAAGAAGGAAAAGAAAAAAAGAUGACAACAGUCACUUUACAAUGACUCCUUUGUCUUCCUCUCUGCUAAUUUUAAUACCAUCAGAUGCCAUUGCAAAGCAUUGAUUUCCAAUGGUGCCAUCAUGAAUUCUUGAAGAUUCCUAGCUGACCUUUUCAAUUGUAUCAAAGGGGUUCUGUUCUGCUUGUGGGAGCGACCUGUAGCUGAUGGGAGGUGCUGGUAGAGGUGUUGCAGAGCCAUUGCUUUGUAAAUGUAUGCAUAUGCUAAGCAACAUGUAAAUCUACCAUUAGGGAAAAGAAGUCAAGAAUUACUGAUAUCAAAGUGAAGAGGGAUGGAUGGAUGGAUGGAUGGAGGGAGGAGAGAGGAGGGAGGCAGGGAAAGGUGCACAUUUCUCCCAAAUUAAAUGUCAGGCAACACCCCCACCCCCUACCCUUUCCCUUCCCCACAUCCUCCUCCCUACACCCUAUCCAUUCCUUGUAAAUCGGUACCUCUUUGAUCUAGACAAGACAACUGUGAGAUAUGCACUCCCCAUGUAAACACUGGAACAAAGGAAGACGUUUUAUAAAAGGAGUAGUUCGUAUGAGGUAAUCUGUUAAUGUGCUUGUUUUAAAGACCCAAAUUUCCCUCUCUGGAUGUUCUUAAGGAAAAAGUACCCAUUUUGUACCUUUCUUCUAUUCAUACUUAUGUUUCUGUGAUCACCAGUGUAUAAUAGAGUUUAUAUUUAUUUCGUAUAGUAUAGCCUAUAAAUAGUUUAUAAAGUAAACAUAUUUUUUUCUUGCCUCUAGGAAAUAUAAAUAUCAGAGUACUUUGUUCUUCACAGAUUUUUUCUUUCUUUCUGUAUACUUUUUUGUAUAAAGUCACAUUUAUCAAUAUUAUUGUAUGAAAAAUUUAUAAUGCUUUAUGUUGGAAAAUGUGCAUGGGAAUAUGCUCUUCAGACAUAAUAAAGCUAUGUGAUGAAAA